CCAGAAAUAAAUGAGAAGAAACUUCCACUUACCAGUUGCACCCAGAACCAGCCAGGCAGAAAGAAGCAGAAGUAGAGGCUGAGGAAUACAACUACAACAAUGGAAACAGCUGGAGAAAUAGAGCCAACUGUAUUUCUUGAACAGUCAGGCAUAAAACAACGCAAAAUUGAGGACAUGCCCAGGAAAUCUGAAGACCAACAAGACUCUACCUUGGAUGAACACAAAGUCCAUGAAAUUCCUCUUGAAGAUGAAAGCACCCAGAGCCCUGCAAGUUUGGGGAGGCAGACUAUCAGAAAGAAGUGCAGACCCGAGGACUGGACCAGCGAACAAGGUGGCAUGCAGAGUCGCAAUAUGAAGCCACAACAAAACCCCCAAUAUACUCAGAGUGGCUCCAGCCAAAGUGGCUCUUCAUGGCAAGGUAGAAGAAGACAAGAAAACAGACAACCUCAGGAAAACCCAAGUGGAAACCCACAGAGUUGGUCCCCAGAGAGAUCCAAUCCAAAGUCCCCCAGACCCUGGGGCAGUUCCAGCGAAUCCCAAGACUCAGAAAGUACAAACUCCUACACUGACCUAGUGCAUUACUUACGUGCUAACUGGAUGACAGGAAAGACGCGUCCAAGAGAGUAUCGAGUCAGUCAGCUGGAGGCUCUGUGCCACUUUCUGGAGGAAAGGGCCAUAGAUAUCCAGCAUGCCCUGUGUGCAGACCUACACAAGCCCUGCUUUGAAACUGAGAUCACGGAGGUUUUGCCAGUCAGAAAUGAACUGGCCUACGCUUUGAACAACUUACACUGCUGGAUGAGGGAUGAAAAUGUGAACAAGAGUCUAUUGACAAUGAUGGAUUCUGCCUUCAUUCGCAAGGAUCCAUAUGGUGUGGUGCUGAUCAUUGGAGCCUAUAACUAUCCUAUCCAACUUACUUUGUUGCCCCUUGUGGGUGCCAUUGCAGCUGGGAAUUGUGUGGUUCUCAAACCUUCAGAGCUGUCCAGCUACACUGAAAGGCUUCUUGCAGAAGCAUUGCCUUGUUAUAUGGAUCCGGAAACCUUUGCUGUGGUGACAGCUGGUCCUGAAGAAACAGGACAAUUACUGAAAAAUAAGUUUGAUUAUAUCUUCUAUACAGGGAAUAGCCGUGUAGGAAAGAUCGUCAUGACCGCUGCCGCAAAACAUCUGACACCAUUAACUCUGGAGCUGGGGGGUAAAACUCCCUGUUAUGUGGAUAAGUGCUGCGAUUUCCAGAAUGCAGCCAACCGAAUUGUAUGGGGAAAAUUCCUCAAUUCUGGACAGACAUGCAUUGCACCAGAUUAUGUGAUCUGUACAAUUGAAGCACAAGAGAAGUUGUUGCCUUGUCUGCGCCAAUCUAUCUGUGAAUUUUUUGGCAACGAACCCAAGGAGUCACCUGAUUAUGGCCGCAUGGUGAAUGACAGGCAUUUCAAGCGUGCCCAAGCUUUGCUGGAAUGUGCCCAUGUGGCCAUAGGUGGAGAGACUGAUGAGUCUGAGCGGUACAUUGCUCCCACAGUAUUGGUGAAUGUGAAAGAAUGGGAUCCAGUCAUGCAAGAGGAAAUUUUUGCGCCCAUCCUGCCAAUAUUCAUUGUGAAAGAUAUGGAGGAAGCCAUAGACUUCAUCAAUUGCCAAGAACGCCCACUAGCUUUGUAUGCUUUCUCCUCUAACUGCAAGGUUGUGCACCAGGUACUGGAUCAUACUAGCAGUGGUAGUUUUUGCGGCAAUGAUACCAUGAUGCAGGCACUAACAGUUACCCUACCAUUUGGUGGCAUUGGAUACAGUGGCUUUGGCAAAUACCACGGCAAGUUUACUUUUGAUACAUUUACUCACUUCCGUGGCUGUCUUAUACGCUGCAUGGGCAUGGAGAUGAUGAACAAAAUGCGCUACCCACCGUACAAUAAUAGAAAAUUGAGAGCAUUGGUUUGUGCUUCGGAGGUCAGGCGCAGUUGGAUGUCAGCUUAGCUGUGAGGCCUUGAAUCACAUCACCUGCAUUCUUAAGGAACUUCAAUCAAGAAUUUUGGUGUAUAGUUGAGAGAUUUUUUUUCCCCUUUAAUAGCUCGUCCUAGAAUUUUGCCUCAUCACCUUCAAAGAUCCUUGAAAAGCACUCUCUGUUUGGCAAACCUUAUUUUCACCAUCUUUGCAUCUUAUAACUUUUCUUUAACCUGUAUCAGCUUCUAUAAAUUCAACAUUUAGUAGUGGUUAGAAAACUUAGGGGCACUCUCCAAUUCUCUUUGCACAGUUUUGGGUAUAGAACAUAUCUUCAUUUCCAGCAAGGACUAAUUAUACAGUUAAUUAAUGUUUCUGUGUAAAAUUUCAUCUUCAUUUUAACACAUAAAGCCAAUUCUGCUUCAAAAUUUAUAAGCAUUAGAUUCUUUGCUAAAAAUGGACAAGUACAGCUCCUCUUUACAAUGGAGCAAUCAUUCUGAUUAAUAUAUUUGUAAAAUAAGGGUAGCCACAUAAAUGGUCUUUGUAAAAUAAUCAAACUAUUUCUUCGUGAAUAUUUAAAUAUUGGAUCCAUUAAACAAUUUAAUUCAAAGAAAUUCAAAGCUAAGCUAAUGCAAGUUGUUAUACAUUAAUAUAUUGUCAACAAUGCAUUUUCUACAGUAUAUUUGGAUGCUCUAAAGCUCAGACAUGCCCUCUUUAAUUAUAUUUCUUUCAAUAUAUUUCUCUACAGUUAUAGUUCAGAUUCAUUAUUCCAUCAGUGAUUUAUACACUACCCAGCACAAAGCAUAAUAAUUUAGAAGUAUAGUAUGUCCUAUCAAACUCAGAGAUUUAUUUUUAUGUAAAUCUGCUAAUUGCAAACUUACUGGGAUUUCCUAUGACCUUGCAUUUUCAUGUAAAUGUUUUGCUUCUGCAAUAAAUAUCUUGCAUUAAAACUUGCAAA